UCCACAUUUUGCUAACCCCAAUCCGAUUUUCAACAGCUUCACCUUCCCUCCACUUCUCUCUCUCUCUACUGUCUUCAAUGGCUACUACUGUCCCAACAACACCCACCUUCCGGCCACCUUCAAUACGCCUCAGCACCAACUCCUUCAAAUCUCCAAAACUCCUCUGCGUUUCUUUCAGAAACAGACAAACAUGCCCCAAAUUCUCCCUCACCCACUCUCUUCACUCAUCUAAGAAAUUAUCGCAUCGAUUGCUUAAAUUCUCACCUUUUGCUUCACAUGGAGAAACCACCGAGACCGAAGAAUUGGAGGAGGUUCAAGAAUCGAACAUUCAGGAUGAUUUAGAUGGUGCUGUUGCAGUGGAAGACGGUGCAAGUGAGGAGGAGAGUGCAAAUGAACCAUCUCCAGCCAUAAUUGCUUUACUACAAUCAUAUAAAGAAGCAUUAGUGAGUAACAAUGAAUCCAAAGUUGUGGAGAUUGAAGGUUUUCUUAUAUCCAUUGAGGAAGAGAAAACUGAUCUUGAGAGAAAAGUGGCUACUUUGUCUGAAGAAAUGUUAUACGAGAAGGAACGGAUUCUUAGGAUUAGUGCAGACUUCGACAAUUUCCGGAAGAGGACAGAUAGAGAACGGCUUUCGUUGGUGACAAAUGCACAAGGGGAAGUCGUUGAGAAUCUGUUACCUGUUUUAGAUAACUUUGAGAGAGCUAAAUUGCAGAUUAAGGUGGAGACCGAGGGAGAGGAGAAAAUCAGCAAUAGCUAUCAGAGCAUAUAUAAGCAGUUUGUGGAGAUUCUGGUUUCACUUGGUGUUGUUCCUGUCGAGACGAUAGGGAAACCAUUUGAUCCAAUGCUGCAUGAAGCAAUCAUGCGUGAGGAUUCCACAGAAUUUGAAGAAGGUGUCAUAAUACAAGAAUUUCGCAAGGGGUUCAAACUAGGUGACAGACUCUUGCGCCCAUCGAUGGUGAAGGUAUCGGCUGGUCCAGGGCCUGCUAAGCCUGAAUUGGUGGGGCCAUCCGAGGAACCAGAGGGUGUAAGAGAAAUCAGUGAAGAGGGCAGCGGAGGGGAAUCUGCGGGAGACCCGUGAAUCAAUCGAAAUUAAGUUUUUUUUUUGUAAGCAACAGUUAGUUCAAUUUGGCAGCACUAAAUUUUGUGGGUAUGGCUUGUUCAGGUCAAAUGUUGUUUGUAGUUUUGGGCGAUCAUAUACUGAGGAAUUGAACUUGGUUUGACAGAAUAGAAUUUGUAAUGGUUGACGGGCAAAAUCUGUUUCUCAAA